GGUUAACGGCGCCCCGCUCUGCGCACUUCUCUCUGCGCCUUUCCACGGGAAGAUGGCGACGGAGGGAGCGGGCGGGGAGCCGCCUGCGGUGCACACCGCGGUGCGGACCCUGUCCACGGCGCAGCUCGGAACCGUCUCAGCGAAAUGUGAGUUCAACAUGGAUAACCUGAGCAAACCAGAGCUCCUGACGCUGCUCAGCAUCAUGGAGGGAGAGCUGGAGGCCCGAGACCUGGUCAUCGAGACCCUGAAGGCCCGCAGGCAAGAGGCUUUCGUCCAGGAGCGGUACGGCCUCUUCUCUCUGACGGACCCCUUCCUGGCACUUCAGCGGGACCAGGAGGCCCGGGGAUGCGAGCGGGAUCAGCGGGCUAUGGGUGCCAGCCCCGUGGCGGUCCUGGAGGUGGUCACAGCGCACUGCCGGAGGAUGCAGGAGAGGAUGAGCGCCCAGCUGGCGGCCGCUGAGAGCAGGCAGAAGAAGCUGGAGCUGGAGAAGCAGCAGCUGCAGAGUCUGGAGACCGAGCACAGGAAGCUGUCGGCACAGCUGAAGGAUGAGCGUCAGAAGAACAAGCACGUGGUCAUGCUGCUGGUGCACGAGUGUAAGCAGCUGGCGGCCCGCGUAGUCGAGGAGGGCCAGCGCUGCGAAGACCUCUCCAGCCGGCUAGAGGACGAGACCAGGACCUCGGCCCGCUUGCAGGAGGACCUGGCAGCUGAGCGCCAGAAAGGCCAGCAGAUGGAAGCGAAGAUGGAGAAGCAGCUCUCGGAGCUGGACACGGAGCGAGAGCAGCUGCGGGCCCGGCUGGGCCGAGAGGAGGCGCGCUCCGUCAGCCUGAGGGCUGAGACCGAGGGCCUGCGGAAGCAAGUGGAAGAGCUGCAAACCUGCAGAGAGGCAGGCGCCGUCGCUCCAUCCCCAAGCGUGGUGUCUGUCGCGGUGGGGAUGGACGCGGCGAGCUGCCGGUCCGCGUGCUGCCAGACGGACCCGGUCCCGGCGGAGCCGAAGGCGGCCGGCCUUACCGUACCGGUCAAACCCACGGCUUCGGGCUACACCGGCAUGAGUCUGCCCAAGACUCAGAGCGCCCCGCGGGGGCUUGUGCACAGCCAGUCCGGAGGUCUUCCGCACACUGAGAACGGGCCGUGCUUAGGUGACCACGUCCAGCCCGCUUUCGGGUUGCACUCUCCUGGUGCCGGUGCUGGGCUGCCUGCUGGCAUGAGCACCCGUGUCCAGGCAGCCCGCCACAAGUUCCAGGCGUCCCCUUCGGAGCAGGACCAAAACGGAACGGCGGCCCCGGGCCCCCCGUCCAGGGACGCGUCCCCGACUAACCGGGACAACUUUGCCGCCAAGCAGCAGGCUCGGAACACGGUCACGCAGGUUCUGUCCCGCUUCACGAGCCCGCCGGCCGCCGGCGCUCCGAGGCCCGGCCUGCCCCAUUCCGCCUCGGAGGGGGGGCCCUUCCCGGGGCGGCUCGGCCACCCCCAGAUCGGCCUCAAGUCUGCCGCGGCGGGCAGAAUCGACCGGGGGACCCCGCCGCCCAUCCCCCCUAAAAAGCCAGGCCUCUCGCAGACCCCUUCCCCCCCUCACCCUCCUGUCAAAGUGGUGAGCGACACCAGCAGGUCCCCUGGUGCUGCACCAGGGGUGCCGUCCAAGCCCGCCGCACCUCACCUCCCCCCCAAGCCUGCCGUCGACCUGGCGGGCUCCGGGGGCAGCUGCCCCGUCCCAGCCGUAGCCGCAUCUCAGGUGGGUGCCUGCCCCCCCGAGCCUGGGGGGCCGCACCAGGCCGCAUGCGCAGAGUGUCCCAUCGCCGCUCCCACCGCAGCCGCUGCCGCCCAUAGCUCUUCCAUAAGUCCUGUUUGUGCCUCGUCCCGUAGACCCUGUGACCCAGACAGCCCCCUGGCAACAGCCUCAGGCUGGCGUCCCUCCGUAGUCCCCCCACUAACCCGAGGUGGCCCCGUCCCCCUGGCUCACGGGCGCACCCUCCUCCUACAAGCUGCUGCCCAGGGAAACAUCACUUUACUGUCAACGCUGCUGAACCAAGACCCACCAGACGCCAGCCCCCUAGACGAGGAUGGCAAAUCCGCCUUGUACUCUGCUGCUCAGAACGGACACUCAGACUGCGUCAAGCUGCUGCUUGCCUCUGGGGCACCUCCGGAUGUCCCGGACAAAAAUGGAUUUACCCCUUUGCACAUUGCCGCUGCUCACGGCCACGCCAGGUGCGUGGAGGAGCUCGCCCCCCAUGCUGAUGUGAACCGGGCAGCUGCCGGGGGCCAGACGGCCCUGUUCCUGGCCAGCGAGAGCGGGAGUCCCGAGUGCGUGAGGGCGCUGCUCGAGGCCGGAGCGGACCGCACGCUCGUCACCGCAGACAGCUGGACUGCCCUGCAUGCUGCCGUCAGCUCGGGGCACCUUGGUGUCCUGGAGCUCCUCAUGCAGCACCCAUCCGCCGACCUGCCUGGUACCCUGCUGAACCACGCCAACCGGGAUGGCUGGACAGCCGCCCAUAUCGCUGCAUCCAAGGGCUUCAAGGACUGCCUUCAGGUGCUGUGCGCCCACAGUGAACAGGACAUCGAGAAGAGAGACAAGUGCGAGCGAAUCAUCCACGACGUGGCCACCGACGACUGCAAGGAUCUGCUGGAGAACCUCGGCUCGUACAGGGCCGUUGUCCGCAUCCACACGGGUCGCAUCGAACCUCUGUGCACGGUGGACCUCCUGGAAGACGGGCUGACGGUCGGAGCCAUCACCGUCCACCGACUCACCACUUGGGCCGAACUGUCCCAUAGCCUCACCCAGACCCUGGACGUCCACUUCCAUCUGCUGAGUGACGGCUGGGACGCAAGGGUGGGGGACUCCAGCACGGCGACCCCGCUGGGCCUCAGCGUCAGCAGUAUCUCCUCGGUGUUCGUCGGUGAAACGCUUUGGUUCCCAGGUCAGGAGCUGUCGCAGUCGCCCUGGGAUCUGAUCCGGAAGCCUCACAGUCAACAGGUCACCGUCAGACUGAAAGGCUUGCAAGAGGCGUGCUUGGAUGAGCUGGCGUAUGUUUCUCUCAUACCUCUCCCGCUUCUCCAGAACUAUGUCCGACUGGUGGAACAGUACCGUAAUGUCAUUUUCCAUGGGCUCGAGGGCAGCUGCCAGGACUACAUAGCCAACCUGGUGUCUGUGUGCAUAAAGCACAGGACAGAAGCAACCGGUAUCAGCUGUGAUGUAGUCAAAGUGGAAGUGGAUGAAAACACGACGAAAGAACAGCUCGUGGAGACGUUCAUAAACUGUGGGUUUCUGGUCCCGGGAGGGGAGCCUGGCCCAGGGUCUUCUGUGGUGGUGCUGCUGGAGGGCCUCGGGCGAACAUGCUCCCUGUCGGAGCUCCUAGGUGACCUGUGCGAGGGAUUGGAGAACCGCGGCUCACCCUGCUCGCUCUCCCUUCUGCACGACGGCCCGUUCCACUUCGAGGAGGGGAGCUUUCUGGUCGGCACGCUCUCCAAGUGCCGUCUGCACGGGCCCGAGCUGCUGCUGCAGCAACACUUCCGCUGGGUGCAGCUACGCUGGGACGCCGAGCCGCUGAGCGGCCUGCUGGGCCGACACCUGCACAGGAAACUGGUCCACAAGAUGAGAGGCCGGGUACCGGUGGCAUCCGAUACUCUCUUUGAGAGCAUCACCUGGGUCUGUGCCGUGUGGCAACAGUUCAACUCCUGUCUGGCGCGCCUGGGAACCCCAGAGGCCCUCAUUGGACCACAAGUGUUCCUCUCUUGUCCCGUGGUGCCAGAUCAGGCCUCGGCCAUCAUCAAGUGGCUCUCCAGGCUGUGGAAUGCAGUAGUAGUUCCCCGUGUGGAGGAUGCCAUCAUUUCCAGGGUGACAAGCAGGUCCCCGGGCCAUCGGCAGAAUGCCAGGAGCCCAAAGCUGAGCCCGGGACAGCAGGCCGUGGUGAGGGCAGCCCUCAGUAUCCUGGUGAACAAAGCCAUUCUCCAAAGCUGCCCCCUUCCCGGGCCAGAAAUAGACAAGCACUUGCCCGAGUUCCUCGGCGGCGGCGGCUUUCCCCUGCUGGGCCGCGGCUCUCUCAAGGGCAGCAGGGCCAAGCACGGGCGGGACGGCGCGGCCUGGAGAAAAGCCAGCACCAGCCCUCGCAAGAAGGGCGCGGUCCUCUCCGCUUGGAGCUCCGGAGGUUCCCUGCGAGAAGGUUCCUUGUCCUGCGCUGAUGUCCACUUCUGCCCGCUCAACUGUGCCUCUCCAAAUUGCGCGGGUGGCGACUCGCCGCUCCGCGCUCUGGGCUACGGUGACGAGGGAGACCUGAUGCGGGAGCUGCAGACCAUGUGCUCCAGCAGGUCCGAGCCGGACAUCAGCAAGAUUGCGAGCGCCAAGGAAGACCUUGUUGGAUUCCCUGGCCGUCCCGGAAGACACGUGCCUUUGAAAGCGGACGGUGAAGAAACCGUCCAGCCGCGGACCGAAACGCAGCGGGGUUCGAGCGGCCGAGCGACCAGACCCACGGGCGGCGACAGACGAGCGGUGCGGCCCAAAUCCCAGCUUCCCGUCCCCAGCAGCAUGAGCCAGCAGCGGCCCCCCGGCGCCCCACGGGCCAGCAGCAGCAGCAGCAGCAGCAAUAGCAGCAGAUCUACAACCAGAACUAGAACCAGCAGCAGAACAAGGCAGGUUCCACCCAGCAACAGCAGCAAUCUCCAGUCACGUGAGGAUGUCUGGAUCCUGCACAGAGACUCUCGUGAAAACAACAACAACAGCAGCAGCAGCCACAACUAGAGGCUUCCCCAGACUUGCGCUCCAUUCAGCGAAGCAGCAGCAGCAGGAGCAGCAGCAGCAAACAGGGCUUUGUAUUUCUACUUGUUUAUAGUUGUUAUAUGGUAUGAAAAAGUGUUUAUUUGGGGACCACAUUUUUAUUAUGUACAUGUCAGAUUUUACAUAGCACAAAAAGGGGGGAAUCGACAAAGGGCGGCUUCAUAGAUUUUUGCCCCUUUUUUGCUCAACUAGUCUUUCGAGCGUUGGUUGUAACAGCAGACAAUUUUUUUGUUGCUAUUGACAAUUUUUAAAUUCGUGUGAUUUGUUCGAAAAUUGUAAGGUUGUAUAAGUACUGUUAAAAUGUAAUCAGGGUUUUACCAAAUAUUUGUAAAUGAUACGAACGUGCGGUAUAAUAUAAGCUAUACAGGUUAGCAUCAGUGGUAUUACUUGUAUAGAUUACAAAAAGUAUUUCGUAAAAAAUGUUGUAUAUUAUUUUGUUUAAAAAAAACACGACGAUGACUUUUCACUUGUUUCAAAGUGAAUGCAGUGUGGCAAUAAGUAACAGCUGGGAGCACUGCAGUUUCUUCAGCUGUAAGCCAUAGUACUUAAAUGAGCAGUUUACCUGAAAUAUGGCUCAAUACUUCAUGAUCCCAAAUCGAGUUCCAUCUAAAAGCGAAGCACAUUUCUUCAUGCAUCGCAUUUCAGUCAAAUGUGUAUGUGCAGGAGGUUUUUUUUUUUUUU